GUCCUCCAGCCUCGGAGACCCACAGUGCCGCUCGUCGCCGCAGGUCUCCGGUCGCGUCGGUGCAACCGAUUGUUUCGUUUUCGGUCUGGUUUUUUUUUGUGUGGCUUUUUUCUCUUUCGGUGGCAGGUGACCUCGACCACCGGGGGGCAGAGAUGACUGGCGCGGCGGCACCCAAGCGGCAGGACACCAAGAAAUUUUUCGAGAAUCUGUCCGGCGCCGGCAAAUCCAUCGCCGUGCUGACCAGCGGAGGAGAUGCCCAAGGCAUGAACGCCGCCGUCAGGGCGGCCGUCCGAAUGGGCAUCUACGUGGGGGCGAAGGUCUACUUCAUCCACGAGGGCUACCAGGGGAUGGUGGACGGCGGAGACAACAUCAAGGAGGCGACGUGGGAAAGCGUCUCCAGCAUGCUGCAAGUGGGUGGCACGGUCAUCGGCAGCGCCCGCUGCAAAGAGUUUCGAACCCACGAGGGCCGCUUGAAGGCCGCACACAACCUGGUGCAGCACUGCAUCACCAACCUGUGCGUGAUCGGUGGAGACGGCAGCCUGACCGGAGCCAACCUCUUUAGGGAGGAGUGGAGCGGCCUGUUGGAUGAGCUCCUCCAGCAAGGUCUGAUCGAUGAGGAGGCAGCCCGCAGUAACUCGGAGCUCCACAUUGUCGGCAUGGUCGGCUCCAUCGACAACGACUUCUGCGGCACCGACAUGACCAUCGGCACCGACUCGGCCCUGCAUCGGAUCAUUGAGGUGGUGGACGCCAUCAUGACCACCGCUCAGAGCCACCAGAGGACAUUUGUUCUGGAGGUCAUGGGCAGACACUGCGGAUACCUGGCGCUGGUCAGUGCCCUGGCAUGCGGCGCAGAUUGGGUUUUUAUCCCUGAAAUGCCACCUGAAGACGGCUGGGAGGACAACAUGUGUCAGAAACUGUCUGAGAACCGCGCUGAUAAGAAAAGGCUGAACAUUAUUAUUGUAGCCGAGGGUGCCAUAGAUUGCCACAACAAGUCUAUCACUCCUGAUUAUAUCAAGGAUCUGGUGGUCCGCUGCCUGGGUUUUGACACCAGGGUUACCAUCUUGGGCCACGUGCAGAGAGGUGGGACCCCCUCCGCCUUUGACAGGAUCCUGGCCAGUCGUAUGGGCGUGGAGGCAGUGCUGGCGCUGUUGGAGGCGUCUGCCAGCACCCCGGCCUGCGUCGUGUCUCUGGUUGGCAACCAGGCCGUUCGACUGCCACUUAUGGAGUGUGUUCAGAUGACCCAAGAAGUACAGAAGGCCAUGGAUGAGAAGAAAUUUGAAGAGGCAGUCAGACUGCGUGGGAGGAGCUUUGAAAACAACCUGAGCACCUACAGACUCCUCUCCUACCGGAAAGCCGACUCUGAACUUCCAAAUAGCUCCUUCAACGUGGCGGUGUUGAACGUCGGCGCACCGGCCGCCGGGAUGAACGCUGCCGUGCGCUCUGCUGUCAGAGUGGGAAUCACUGAGGGCCACAAGAUGUUUGCCGUCAGCGACGGCUUCGAGGGGUUCUACAAAGGACAGAUCAAGGAGAUCAAAUGGGGAGAUGUAGGUGGUUGGACCGGCCAGGGAGGGUCGCUGCUGGGGACAAAAAGAACUCUUCCAGGCAAACAUCUGGAUAAAAUCGCUGAGCAGAUGAGGAUGCAUAACAUCAAUGCCCUGCUUGUCAUCGGAGGGUUCGAGGCCUUUGAGUCCCUGAUGCAGCUGUACGAGGCCCGGGCCGACUACGAGGAGUUUUGCAUCCCGAUGUGCAUGCUGCCUGCCACCAUUAGUAACAAUGUGCCCGGCACCGACCUCAGUAUCGGCGCUGACACGUCCCUCAACGCCAUCGUGGAGACGUGUGACCGCAUCAAGCAGUCGGCCAGCGGCACCAAGCGGCGGGUUUUCAUCAUCGAGACCAUGGGGGGCUACUGUGGCUACCUGGCCACUGUGGGCGGUCUGGCCGCCGGCGCGGACACCGUCUACAUCUACGAGGAGCCGUUUGACAUCCGGGACCUGCAGGCCAACGUGGAGCAUCUGACGCAGAAGAUGAAGACAAGCAUCCAGAGAGGCUUAGUGCUCAGGAAUGAGAGCUGCAACGAGAACUUCACCACGGAUUUCAUCUACCAGCUCUACUCCGAGGAGGGUCGGGGAGUGUUCGACUGUAGGAAGAACAUCCUUGGCCAUAUGCAGCAGGGAGGAGCUCCAUCUCCUUUUGAUAGAAACUUCGGCACCAAAGUCGCUGCUAAAGCCAUGCAGUGGAUCACGGGGACGCUCAAGGACUCUUUCAAAGGAGGGCGAGUGUUCGCUAACUCGGAGGAAACCGCCUGCCUGCUGGGGAUGCGUCGCAGAGCUUUGGUCUUUCAGCCCGUGUCACAGCUCAGGGACGAGACUGACUUUGUCCACAGGAUCCCCAAGGAGCAGUGGUGGCUGAAGCUCCGUCCGCUGAUGAAAAUCCUGGCCAAGUACAAGACGAGCUACGACGUGUCCGACUCCGGCCAGCUGGAGCACGUGACCAGGGUCAGACCCAGAGAGGGCAAGACCUCGUCGGUCAUCUGAACCGCCACGCUGCCACCGGCCAAGAGCUUCACUCUAAAAUUAAAUAGCUUCACAAAACAGUGACGGCUACUCACACAAUGACUGAUCAACCGCUGACUGACUGCAAAUAAAUUAAAAGGUAGCUUUUAAAAGAUAGUAGAUCAUAUAAAAAAAAGUUCUAUUGUAUGGUAAAGUCAUGGUACUUUUCAGACGGGAUCUUCUAUAUUUUAGAUAAUGACAUAAAAUUUGAGGGUUGUCAUUUGGAGUGGAACACUUUAGGUAGUUUCGACAGGCUAGCAGCACUAGCAUCGUAUUUUCUAGAUCCCCAAUCAGAGUUAUUAUAUACCUAAAUAUAUACAUGAGCACUCCUCAUUAUGUACUGUACAUGUAUUCAUGUUUUAGUCCUGGAAAUGUAGCUAUAUCUAUAUAUACACGCACACAUUCUUUUUUUUUUUUUUAAAGACACCUAGCUGAGCAUUCUGUUGUUGCAUAAACACAGCAAGGCUGAGGUGGGUGAUGCAUUUGAAGUCUUGCUUUUGUCGUUUUUAUUUUCUACAGCACUUUGAGCCCCGUAAUUAAUGUAAUCCCCUAAAGCUACUUCUAACGAGGGAACACACGCCAGGAGAAUCGCACGCUAGCAGUCUACGACUGUUCACACCUCAAACAAACUUCUACCACUUUGAUUGUAAAACGCUAAAACCCUUUGAAACUGUGACCUACAGUAGGUUUAGAGAGGCUUUAGGACGAGCUGGCUGCGUGUGUCCUGUCACCUGCUAAUUGUGUGCAUGUGUAUUUGUGUGUGUGUGUGUGUGUGUGUGUGGCCUUGCCUUUGUCGUAUCCGCCCUGGGCUUUGUAUGUGGUUAUUUGUGAGUAGGGUCCUGCUGUUGCUAUAGUUUGGUAGUGAAGCGGAGGAUGUCGGAAACUGUACGCGGCAUUAACUUUGUGUGCUGGCAGUGUGAUGUUGGUGUCCUGUCACAGAGUAAUAAAGCAUUUAUUGUGUGGAAA